CCUUGCCGUCCAUAAACAGGCGAUCUAGGCAUCCAGGCUAGGCGCCAUGUGCGACGAGAACCCUCCAGGUAAUAGGUCAGGGCUAGUGAGGCCGAUUGCACUACAAUCUGGUUCCGAUUGGGAUGAUGGGGUCCUGCGGUCUUUCAACAUUACGGUCACAAAGGAGAGUUCCUUCAGAGAUUUCUUCGGGGUAGACAUGCCGGUUGAAUUCAGCAAUCCUGAUGUCGCGGAGCUCGUGAGUUUGGAUCUGCAAGAGUACACCUUCGGAAAGCUGAAACUUUCGUCCAUCAGAUCUCGGUAUGUGAAAACCCUGGUUAAACGUGUCUUCGCAGUGACCAGAACACACCGGCAUGAAGAAUCGGCAGUGGAUGACAUGUCCCUGACGCUUCUGGAGCUUUUUCAGUACGAGAACGAUGACACAGCAGUACGUAGCAGAACCAUUCUCGAUCUUUUCAUGUCGAGGGGCAAAACGCAAGCACUUCCUGACGUCGUUGUGGAGCGGCUGGACACUGCAGUGAAAAUGCUGGUUCAGGAGGACAAAAGUUAUGAAAACUUGAAAGGUCACCAUCCAGAAGCCCAGCUGAUUGCCGAGGCAAUUGCCGCUUAUCAGGAGAAUUCGAGGCUUUACGAAAGGCUGUCGAUGGGCGAAUAUCCUGAUCAACAGAUAGUUCCUGGUAUAGUUAUGUUAGGGACCUGUCCGACCUUCUACUUGAUCCCCGUGACCAAAGCGUUGGCUGAGGCCGUGAGGCAGGGAGAGGAACCGAGCUUCGACACUGCUGUGCGAAAGUACGCGCUUCCCAUGCUACCUGCAACCGUUUCUGAUACCAUGCUUUUCAAGAGCCACUGCUUUCAUGUUGCACAGUGCUUGGAGGCGUUCAAGCGCUUUGUGUAGACUAGAAAAAAAUUAAGUUUGUGAUUAAACAACGAGAACUUACAAAAACA